AUGUCCAAAAUCAGCCGUAUCUCGGAAUUUGAUACAUCACAUCCAGAACGCUGGAGUUCCUACGUGGCUCGAGUGGAGAAUUACUUCCGAGUAAACCAAGUACAUAGGUGGGAGGAGACACAUGCCCCUUGGUCGAGGGUUCAUAUCGACUACGCUGGGCCCUUUCAGGGGCAAUUCUUCCUUCUCCUCGUGGACAGCCAUUCCAAGUGGCUAGAGGUCAUUCCUGUCUCCUCCACUACUACUGCUAGGACCAUUCAGGUGCUGAGAGGGAUCUUCGCCUCACAUGGGCUUCCAGACGUCCUUGUCUCCGACAACAGACCCCAAUUCACUUCUUCGGAGUUUCAGGCUUUUCUACAGGCCAACUUGAUCUGGCACGCCACUUCAGCACCGUUCCAUCCAGCUUCCAACGGCCAGGCUGAGAGGAUGGUGCGCACUACCAAAGAUGCUCUCAAAAGACUCACUCAUGGCAGCUGGCAUCACAGGUUAGUUGACUUUCUUCUUUGCCAACGCACCACACCUUGCACAGCCACUGGGAAGAGCCCAGCAGAACUCUGCUGGGGUCGUAGAGGGCGCAUUUUCGCCAAAUUAGAUUUGGCCCAGGCCUAUCAGCAGCUGCCAGUGGACGAUGCCACGGCAGAGGCCCAAACCAUUGUGACUCACCAGGGAGCCUUCAAAGUGUGA